GUUUAAAAGCUCCCAUCCCACAGAUUCUACGCUCUUCGUCACCUUUUAGUCACACUGACCAGAAUAACUUAUUUCUCUCUCACCCUAUGGAACCAAUUGCAUCUCAGCCAGUCGAAUUACGCCACGUGGUGGCCAUGCCUUGGCCUGGUAGAGGCCACAUCAACCCCAUCAUGAACCUCUGCAAACGCCUCGUCCGCCGAUACUCAAACCUCAUCGUCACGUUCGUCGUCACCGAAGAAUGGCUCGGCUUCAUCGGAACCGACCCGAAACCGGACCGGAUCCGUUUCGCUACUCUCCCCAAUCUCAUCCCUUCCGAGCUCGUCCGGGCCAACGACUUUCCCGGCUUCGUCGACGCCGUCCACACAAGAUUGGAGGAGCCGUUCGAACGGCUGCUUGACCGCCUCGAUUCUCCGCCUCCGACCGCAAUUAUCGCCGACACUUACGUCUUAUGGGCGGUUCCUGUCGGAGAACGAAAGAAUAUUCCGGUGGUUUCUUUCUGGACUAUGUCGGCAACGAUUCUCUCCCUCUUCAUUCACUCCGAUCUACUCAUAAGUCACGGCCAUGCUCUGUUCGAACCAUCAGAAUCAAAAGAAGACGAAAUCGUAGACUACAUCCCUGGUUUAUCUCCGACGAAAGUCCGGGAUCUUCCGCCAUUAUUCGACAGCUACAACCUCAGAGUUUUCAAGAAAGCCAAGUUGUGUUUCGAUACGAUCCCGAGAGCUAAGUGCCUUCUCUUCACCACCGCAUAUGAGCUUGAACCUAAAGCCAUUGACUUUUUCACUUCCAAGCUCAAUAUCCCGGUUUACGCCACUGGUCCGUUAAUACCUUUCGAAGAACUCUCCGUUGGAAAUGACGUUACCGAGCCCGAUUACAUCAAGUGGCUUGAUGGGCAACCGGAAAGUUCUGUGCUUUACAUAUCUCAGGGGAGUUUUCUCUCUGUCUCUGAAGCUCAAAUGGAGGAGAUAGUGAAAGGAGUUAGAGAGAGCGGAGUCAGGUUCAUUUGGGUGGCGCGUGGGAGCGAGAAGAAGAUGAAGGAGGCUCUAAAAGGUAGCUCCGGUGUAGUGGUGAGCUGGUGCGAUCAGCUGCGAGUUCUGUGCCACAAAGCUGUAGGUGGGUUUUGGACUCAUUGCGGGUUUAACUCGACAUUGGAAGGUAUAUAUUCGGGUGUACCGAUGCUAGCGUUUCCUUUGUUUUGGGAUCAGAUUCUGAAUGCGAAGAUGAUUGUUGAAGAGUGGAGAGUUGGGAUGAGGAUAGAGAGGAGGAAGAAGACGGAGUUGUUGAUUGUGAGAGACGAGAUCAAGGAAGUAGUGAAGAGGUUGAUGGAUAGAGAGAGUGAAGAAGGGAAGGAGAUUAGAACAAGGGUUUGUGAUCUUAGUGAGAUAUGUCGAGGAGCUGUUGAAGGAAGCGGUUUGUCUAAUGCUAACAUUGAUGCUUUCGUUAGGGAUAUUAGCAAUAUGAAUUAAGGCUCAUUAAUGGAGAGCUUUGUUGUUACAAUGAAUGUUUUUUUUUUUCUUCUUAUGUUAAAUUGACAUUAGACGUAUGCUAUACUGUUAUAGCAGUAAUUAAGCAGUAUCUAGGAUGGUUAAAAGAUUCUCCACAUUCACAAUUUAUAAGUUAUAGUAAAUUAGUUCAGUAUAUGA